GUUAUUUUUAUGCUGAAACAAAAACACUAUACUCUAAAAUCGUGUUUUAAAAUUUUAUACAGUGUGUCUGACUGUUAUUGUCUGUUGUAUUAAGUGUAAUUGAUAAACCAUGAAUAUUUUGUCAGAUAUAUACUAUAAGAGUUUAGCAAAAAAUGAAGAAAACCUUCGUUUCUGGGAGAAUUACCUACAUACUUUGAGGACAGUAGACUUUAGUGUGUAUGCCGAUAAGUUGAAAGUCCCAGCAUUGGUGCCUGUGGGCAGCAAGGUAUUCUUUAGAGGUGUUUUAAAACAUACCAAUGAAGUUACCGUUGCUCUGGGCGCUGACUAUUUUGUUAAGUGCUCGUUGUCACAGGCAGAAGUGCUUCGGCAGCAUAGAAUUAAAGAUGCCGAGUCUAAAGUAGAAGCUCUGCGAAAAGAAAGAGAAUACAUUCAAAACCAGCUCCAAUUUGGUGCUGAAAAUGUAUUAAAAAACCAAGGACAAGAAUUAAUAGAAGAAUUUACUGAAGAAGAAGAUUUAAAAUGGAGAGAGAAACACCGGGAGAAUAUGAGACAGUACAAACAGAGAAGCAAGACUGAGGAACCCAAGCAAGAGGUGGAUGAUGAGGAACUGUGGAACAGACUUGAGGAGCUGGAGCUACGAGAGGAGCUGGAAGAGGAAAUGGUAAAACUAGCGAUAAUGAAUGAAAAACCUAUUAAUAACUUGAAAAGAGGACAUAAUAAUAAUGUAGAAACAGACACAGAAGAUGUUCCAAAACAGGUUAUUAAUAAUGCAAAGGAAAGGCAUACAAGAAAUGUAGAAGUUAAGAAUAAUAAAAUCAUAAGAGAAAAAGAUAAUCAUAAAAAUGAUGAUAAGAUGGAUCUUCUAAAACAAGUAAUUGAUAGACAAAAUGAAUUGAAAGAGAAGCUGACUGAUUUGAAGAAUAAAGAAACUGCUGCUAGUCAAACUGAAAAGGAUAUUUUGUCAAGAUUAGAUGAAAUGGAGCAAUUGGAGGAGUUGGAAGAUGAAAUGGAUAGAUUGGAUGGAAUUCUACAAAAUGAAGAUGUAGAAGAAGCUGAUGAGGAAUCUGAAGAAGAACAUUCAUUGAAACAGCCGGCGACUAAAAUAAAAAGAAGUGUGUCUUUUGCUGAUGAAGAUGACAGUGAAACAUUGGAAUUAACAUUCACACAUACAGAAACAGAACCAGAUACAACACCUUAUGAUAAGAAGAAAGGAAUAAGGAAGCCUAGCGACAUUUAUGCAGCCUUUUCUAACUCAUUUACUGAAACCACGUCUAUUCUAAAGAAGUCAAAGUAUGACAGAGACUUAUCUCCAUGUGGACCUAGACAUGAGAAGAGAACUAAAGUAGUUGAUUUUCAGGAAGCAGAAGACAAUCGGAAGAUGAACAAGACUAUUGUUGUUAAUGAUGUGGUUGAGAAAGUGGAUGAGAAUGAUAACAAAUAUGAGAGUGGCGAUAAGAGGCCUAUGAGCUUAUUUAAGAAAAGGAGACAGCAAAAUCUAAAAUGAUUUAAAAAAUUGUAAAUACUUACUAUUAAUUAAAUAACUUU